AUGGCAGGGUGGAGCUGCCUUGUGACAGGUGGAGGAGGGUUUCUGGGUCAGAGGAUCGUCCACUUGUUGGUAGAGGAGAAGGAGCUGCAGGAGAUCCGGGUGCUGGACAAAGUCUUCAGACCAGAAGUUCGGGAGGAAUUUUCUAAGCUCCAGAGCAAGAUCAGGCUGACCUUGCUGGAAGGAGACAUCCUGGAUGAGCAGUGCCUGAAGGAAGCCUGCCAGGGUGCCUCGGUGGUCAUCCACACAGCCUCUGUCAUCGACGUCAUGAACGCCGUUCAGCGAGAGACCAUCAUGAAUGUCAAUGUGAGAGGUACCCAGCUCCUGUUGGAGACCUGUGUCCAGGCCUGUGUGCCAGUCUUCAUCCAUACCAGCACCAUAGAGGUGGCUGGGCCCAACUCCUACAGGGAGAUCAUCCAGGACGGCCACGAAGAAGAGCAUCUUGAAACGGCAUGGUCCUCUCCAUACCCAUACAGCAAAAAGCUUGCCGAGAAGGCUGUGCUGGGAGCUAAUGGGUGGGCUCUUAAAAAUGGCGGCACCUUGUACACUUGUGCCUUAAGGCCCAUGUAUAUCUAUGGGGAGGGGAGCCCAUUACUUUAUGCCCACGUGGACAGUGCCCUGAAGAACAAUGGAAUCCUGUCCCAUCACUGCAAGUUCUCCAGAGUCAACCCAGUCUAUGUUGGCAACGUGGCCUGGGCCCACAUUCUGGCCUCGAGGGCCCUGCGGGACCCCCAGAAGGCCCCAAGCAUCCAAGGACAGUUCUACUACAUCUCAGACGGCACACCUCACCAAAGCUAUGACGACCUCAAUUACACUUUGGGCAAAGAAUGGGGCCUCUGCCUGGAUUCCGGGAUGAGCCUCCCUGUUUCUCUGAAGUAUUGGCUUGCCUUCCUGCUGGAGAUAGUGAGCUUCUUGCUCAGUCCAAUUUACAAAUAUCGACCCCCCUUCAACUGCCACCUGGUAACCCUGUCAAACAGUGUGUUCACCUUCUCCUAUAAGAAAGCUCAGCGAGAGCUGGGGUAUGAGCCCCUCUUCACCUGGGAGGAAGCCAAGCAGAAAACCAAGGAGUGGGUCGGCUCCCUGGUGAAGCAGCACAAGGAGACCCUGAAAACAAAGACUCACUGAUCUGGGGGGUGACAACGAUGUGGAUGUGGGUAUAGUUAGGAGAUGUCUGUCACGCUCUCCCCUUCUGGCUUCAUACGGCAAACAACACAGACACAAGCCCGGGUCCUCCUGCUUCCGUUUUAUAAGAUGAUCAUGUUACUGUCUUCCUCCCUCCACCAGAAACCUUUCCC